AUGGGUGCUAACGUUUCUUCACCAGACCAGAGAUUUCAGGUAACUGAUAUCCAUUCCAGGAAGCCAUGGACACCUCGUUUCGAACCCGAGGUUUCUCCUUUUAAAGUCAACAGUCCCUUUAUUGUGGAGAUCAAGAACAAGAUUCAAUGGAAAUCUCGGCUCCACGCUCUCAAAGACACCAACAAGCUGCUGGUCAUCGAGUUCACGGCCAAAUGGUGCGGACCAUGUAAAUCCGUUGAACCAAAGCUUGAAGAGUUGGCGGCUAAGUACACCGAUGUGGAGUUCGUGAAGAUUGAUGUUGAUGUGUUAAUGGGUGUGUGGACUGAGUACAACCUUCAUACUUUGCCUGCGAUUGUGUUCAUGAAAAGAGGCCAAGAAGUAGACAGAGUUGUGGGUGUGAAGUUUGAUGAGUUAGAGAGGAAGCUCCACAAAUACGCACAAUCCUUCUUCUGA